UGUCCACUCGCCCUCUCUCGAUUACCGCUCCACUCAGCUACACAAGACGAGCCGCCAGUGGCGCGUGCAGCCACCUCCACAGCGUCCGCUUCCUCAUCAUCUCCGUCGCCACCGCAGCCGUCCACUCCACCCCGCCACCGCGGAGGGAAGAGCUCGGCCGGCCGUUACGUCGAUCGACGCGAGCGACGAGGAGGUCGCGUGAUUUGCCGACCAGGCAUCUGCUUCGAUUCUUCCAAGUUGUGCAUGCCCUCUGCCUGGCGAUCGAGCAAGAGCUGACAACCGGCUGCAACGAUCGAUGGCCGUGGACGCGGGGCCGCGGGACUGGAGGACGCCGGCGUCGAUGGUGCUGGUGCAGCUGUUCAUCACGGGGAUGCUCCUGCUGUCCAAGGUGUCCAUCGGCGCCGGCAUGUUCAUCUUCGCGCUCCUCGCCUACCGCAGCUUCCUCGGCGCCGCAUUCAUCCUCCCCUUCGCGCUCAUCUCCGAAAGGGACAAGUGGAGGGAGAUGGGUUGGCAUGCCACAGGAUGGAUCUUCCUCAAUGCAUUCAUCGGGUACGCGGUGCCAAUGAGUCUACUCUACUAUGGCCUCAGUGAUACAACCCCAUCUUAUGCCGUCAUCUUUGUAAAUAUGAUCCCACUGUUCACCUUCGUUCUCUCGCUCGUCUUCAGAAUGGAGGCGCUGCAAAUCUGGAGCAUAGCUGGAUUGCUAAAGAUCGUAGGUGUUCUACUCUCUGUGGGAGGCACGAUGUUGCUUAGCCUUUACAAGGGCAAGACGUUGCACCUGUGGGAUCCUAUCUUUGUGAACCACCACAAGGAACGUCAUGUGGCUGAGGUUGCAGGCAAUCACUUACGAGGGACAAUAUUCUUGGUAGGCAGCAGCUUCACAUUUGCUUGCUGGUACCUGAUUCAGUCAAAGGUUCUCAAGGUGUACCCAUACAAAUACUGGUCGUCCAUGACAACAUGCUUGGUUGGAGGAUUUCAGACAUCACUAGUUGGAAUACUAUUGAGAAGAGACAAGAACACAUGGAAGCUAGGAUGGGAUCUGAAUCUUGUGACCAUUAUAUACUCGGGUGCACUUGCAACAGCAGGGAGAUAUAGCCUGAACUCAUGGGUCGUGGCCAAGCGAGGCCCAACAUACCCUCCCAUGUUCAACCCAUUAUCUCUAGUGUUUACAACUUUGUUAGACUCCAUCUUCAUAGGCGAUGAAAUUACAGUAGGAAGCCUACUCGGUACAACAAUGGUGAUUGUUGGGAUCUACAUUUUCUUGUGGGCCAAAUCAAAAGAAGUGCGGGACAAAUAGACCUUAUCGGGUGGUGGAAGAGUUCUUGUAGCUACAAAAGCUAUGAAAGUUGUACAUGUAUACCGUAUGUAGAACAAUUAUUAUUUUUC